CAACUCCACAGAGUUUGGGCCAGACUAAAAGCUGAAUCCUAGCUGCAUCUGAAGCAAGAUGAAUAAUGCAAACCAAAUAUCGGGACAGGCCUUCCGCCACGACCCUAUCCCAAUUGGCGGGACCCUCACACGCAACCCGUAUGGGGCAUCACGACAUCGACAUCCACUUCCGACGCGAAGUUCGGAAUGCCUAUCUUGGUGGCAAACGGCCCCGAAGACCUUGUUACCCCUCGCUCAACUCUAGUUUUUUUCAUAUCUAGAUACUUUCCUAGCUCUUCCCACUUGUUUCCCAUGUUUCUGAUUUAAGCGUUGGGGUCCCCGAGCGUGGCCUGAUUUUCUCUUUCCGUCUUGUAUCAAUAGAGUCCUUAUCUUUUCGUUGCUUACACAAUCCAAUGGCUUUCUCAAAAUUCCUGCGAUUCUUUGUUUGUGGUGACAAGAAGGAUGUUGGGGACCUGCCUCCCCCUACCCCAAUUGAAUUUGCAAUCGAGGGGAAGAACCCUGAGAAAUCUAAUGAUUCAUUCGACUCGGAGCCGGAGUUCGCGAAGGAUGACGAGGAGAAGACGCCGUUGAAAGUAGACGUGAAGCCUAUAAGGAAGAACCGAGUAUUGGUUGUUGCUUCAAAAGGGACAUAUGGUUUUUCAGAGGAGCCGUUUCCGGAAUUCGCACACGACAAGGAAGUUGUGAUCUCCAACCACGCCACGGGGUUAAACCCAAUAGAUUAUAAAUCGGUGGACUACAACUUCUGUUUACCAGAGUUCCCAUGGGUGACGGGAAGGGAGAUGGCUGGUGUGGUUGAGGCGGUUGGAUCAGCGGUUACAGAUGUGAAAGUUGGAGAUCAUGUAUGGACCAGCACAUAUUACAGAGACCGCCGUGCAGGUUGCUUCCAACAAUACGUCACAGUACCCGCCCACACCGUCCUCCCUCUCCCCUCAAAUCUCUCCUUCGACCAUGCAGCAUGUCUCGGUGUUGCAGGUUUGACUGCAGCAAUGACAUUAUGGCGGUGGUUGGAAGUACCCAUUACACCGCAACCCUCCUCCUCCGAAGCCGAAUAUCUCCUCCUCUGGGGCGGAUCAACAGUCACAGGCCAAUUCGCAAUCCAGAUCGCCACUCGCUGCGGACUGAAGGUAAUCGCUGUCACAUCCUCGAAAACGCAAUUCCUCGCCCAAUCCCUCGGAGCUCACCACGUUGUUGCUCGAGACGGCAAGACCGAGGCUGAAAUCGUCGCUGAGAUUCGAAGCAUAGCUGGAGACAACAUCAUAAAGGCGAUCGAUUUGGUUGGCACGAAGACGGCAAACUUCUGCAUGGAGGCCAUGUCAACAUCAAAGCAGGGCAUCUUCGCUCCCCUGGCUAUGAUCUCAAGCAAAGCCAUGAUCCCAACCAAUAUCCGAGCCGAGGCCGUGGAAAUGAAGCAAUUCGUCCUGAACGAGGAAUCAAGAAUGUACGCUUUGGAACUAAACCGCUUGGUUGAGAUGGGAGCUAUCAAGCUUCCGGAUAUCCAUGUUCUUGAGGGUGGGCUGGCUGUUGUUACGGAUGGGCUGGAGAGGCUAAAAGGGGGAGAUAUGGCAGGGAAGAAAAUGGUGGUUAAGAUGGUUUGAGGUUGAGGUUUGAGUGCUGAGGAUGGCAUGGUCAUUUUUUGGAGUCAAGGAGCAUUUGCAUUGGGUAGGCUGGGCAUUGGGUUGGUAGACAAGAUAUGACGACCACGGCAGUGCGGAGGUCAGGUGCAAAAUUGUAUAUGAAGUAAUAGAUCAA